AUGGCAACUCCAUCAGCCAAACCCGGCGCAACGCCAACCCACCUCUCUUCUCCGCACCCAUCCUCCACAGCGCUCUCCCGAUCCAUGGCUCAUAAAUCCCCCUCAACAAGAACUCCGACGGCUUCAGGGCCUGGCCAUGCUCACCAGCCGAGCACCUCUUCUCAUCAAUAUGCUACACCUCUUGCUGUCACAAGUGCGGUCGACGACCCGGUCAACUUCAGUUCGCCAUCAGCACUGCUCGCUCUCACUGGCUAUGCAGGCAUCAGUCCAUCCCCCGCAGUUCACGACAGUCUUGUUGGAUCGGGAAUGAAUGAGAACGAUAUCCAGAGCCUAGGGAUGCAAGGCAUCAAGCUCGGCGUCGCACGAGAUAGCGACGAGGAAAUGAGACAUCGAAUUGAAGAAGUGGUUCAAUGUCUUCGUGCAGCCGUGGCCGGUAGAGGUAUAUCUCGCGAAGGUAUUGAGCGACUGGGCAAAAUCGAAGGGUUCGAAUCUAUCUGGACGUUCGACAAUCUCAACAUCGCCGGCAACUUUGUCGACCUCGAGAUUGACUUCUAUCCUAAUGGCUCUGAUAUUGUUAAGGACGUUCGCUUGCGAUAUGCCACACCGGAGCACCAGGAAGGCGAGCUACGGGAGGAGGCUACUGCUGUUCUCAAACGAAAUCUCGUUCAAUCUCCACAGGAUGGCGAGACCGGAAAAUGGAGGUCGCUCCAAGGGUUCUACGAGAAUUUGCAAUGGCUUGCAAAACUUGAUAAGUUCAGCCAGGAGGUAAAUUGCUUUGAAGCUCUGGAGGGUCUCGAGGAGAAUCUCAAGCGGGUUUGGGUGGAAGAGGGGAAGAACGGAAAGUACAGCGGUGACUAUGAACAUCUCUGUGCAGGGACAAUCGGGCGCCCAAGCAUGCACAAGGGCUCUCGAAUCGGCCUUGGCAUGGAAUAUUGGAUCGACCAAGCCAAGAUCUUGGAUGCAAAGAAGCAGAAGAACUCCGAUGCAAUGGCAAUCGAUCGACCGCAAGGCCAAGAUGCAGAUGAGGAGAUGCAUGACCAGGAGAAGACAUGGACUGUCAUGAUUGAAUGUGAAGAGGGAUACCCAUCUCUCCGCAUCUCGAAAGAAUGGGUUGGGAACGAGGUGUUUGCGGCCGGCGAGAAGAACGGCGGAGAACCUACAGCUGAAGCCGCCAGAUCGGUGAACUGGCUCGAUCCUCCCCAAACCAUGCGGCUAUCGAAUGGAGAUGACUCUGACCCCAUGGCCUUGGACUCCAGCAUGCUCGAAUCCACGCCCCCUAACCGCCGAUUCGUUGCCAAGCUGGAGCCGGCCCUAGACAUGCCAAUUCUUGCAGCUUCUGAGAUCUAUAGACAUCUUGGCAUGCAACUACCACAGGAGUUCAAAAUGGUUACAUAUGAUGGCUUGUUGGUUUCGGAUGGGUCGCCGCUGUCAACGGAUUCUUCGCCUCAACUUGGUCGGAGAAGGCGCAGGAUGUCAGUGCAGGCAUUUGAUUCGAACGGUGACCCAUGCACGAAGCAACACAACUACACAUUCCAAGCAUUUGAGUCUGUUGCAGGACGUGCAAUCCGCGAACUCCCCAUUUCACAUCCUCGGCAGCUCGCCCAAAUUCUUCCGAUGUUCCGUCAAUAUGCUUUACUGGCGAGUUUAAUCCGGAAAAUCUUUCACUCUUCUGCGAAGGGAAAGGCAGAUCAAACCCGGCCUUCUAAAGCAACACCGACCACACCCCAAGUCCAUGUCAGCCAAGACCCGAUAUUUGUGACCGGCAAAGAGGGGACCAUUACCUUGACCAACGAUGACCCCAACGAAGAAAUGUUGAACAGCCUCUUCGGUAAUGGUCCUUCAAACAGCCAAAGUGAUGCGGCGUCGACGGUUUGGUCAUUCAACAGCGCAAGCAAGAGCCAAAGCCAUAGCCAUAUUUUCAAUGACGACGUUAAGGUGGACGUGACGCUACGCACACAACUCGGGCAGGCACCAGCCCUCAUAUUACUUAUUACGGAUCCCGGUAAAAAUGCCGACAAUCUUGUGCUUGAACCAGUGCAGCUUGCAAUCUGUGUCGAAGUCGGCCUCAAUGGUCGCAUUUCGGUGGUGGACUCAUCCGGACUCGGCAUCGAUAACCAAGAGGACGGUGGUGAUGACGAGAUGCAAGGGACAGAGAGCCCCGGCCCACAUCUGCAGGAGAUCCACAAAAAGAUCGCCAGAGUCCUGGAGAUAUCGCAAGACCUGGGGAUCCUGGUCGAGUGGGUCCUGCGCUGGCAACGGCAGCGGGUGGCAGCGGAUGAGGCUUGA